CGAGAAACAUCGUGGUUGGAACACUCUCCUUAUUAUUAGACUGAUUAUCUAUAAUGAACCUGUGAUUUGUGUUUUACGUGUAAGAUACUGUGCAUUAAAUAAAAUGUGGGGUGAAAGCAGCAAGAACUGUGAGAUUAACUGCCAGUGUUCCGGGUUAAUAACUGAGAGUUUUAAAAUAAAUUCCGGCAACAACGCUACGAAGAGGAAACAGGAAGAAGCUCUCACAAACAACUUCAGAAUUAAAAUGAUGCCACUGUCCCUGGACUUCAACAGAAAACAGUCACCAUUAAGUUCGCCUAUCGCCACACCAUCAAAGAGAAGAGUCCUCGGUGAAAUUCAAAAUUCUCCCUUAUUCAGACCCAAAGACUCGCCCACAAUUGAAAGAUUAAAAAACACACCGUUAAUAGACAAGAAGUCACCUUUGAUUGAUCGUAACUCACUCUCCCCUUUAACAAGUCGAACAGACAGAUCCAAGCGGUCUUCAAAGAUAUCAAGGAUAUUUGAAGAACGCUCUAAAUUCAAGAUGUCAAACAAAGAGAAUGAUACCUCAUUGAUGAGUGAGACUUUCUUGAAAAUAGAUGUUGACGAGGAGACAAGGGAUUGCUCGUUCGGGGAUAACUUCCCGUCGUGCUCGGCAACGAAGCUUGCCAACUGGUCGAUGGCUAAGCUCGACUUCACGGAUGCACUUCAAACAUAUGGAAUGGACAGAACUGACAAUGUCAAAGAGAAUAUUGACAUGUACGUGCCGGAGAAAGAAGUGGACGUUGACCCUGACUUUGAAACAUUACACGAUUUGGAAGAGGAGUUUGAAUCUCACAACUUCGAUGAAUGCACCAAGUACGAAAUUAUAUCAACGGACAGUCCCAACAUCAUAUCGUCUGGGCGAACAACGUCAAGGAAGAUAAAUUCCAGGAAUUUCGAGUUCGGUGCACCAUUAUCUGAAAACGAACAGUCAACAUCCUUCAAUAAACCAAAUGCUAACGCUACAAGAAUGUUAAACUUCGAAGAUGAGAGCUUCGAGUUCACUUCACCAGCUGCUAAACGACCUUCUCAUAAUGUAUCCGUGAAAAAAUCUUUGAAGUUCACUGAAACACCGACCAAGAAUGUAUUACGGCAUGAGAAAAGUGAUUCCAGUAUUGGUUCCAUGACAUCAUCACCAUCUUCAACUAAGUUAAGAAUAUAUCCUUCAGGCUCAACAACAUCCAUGGAAAGCGGUUUUAUAUCUGAACUAGAAGAACCAUUUUUAGAUAUUGAUGAUGUCUCAAACUCUCCUAAAAUGGCCAAUUUUAAUGAACUCCUCUCAGGACAGAUUAGAGAUAGCUUCGAAAGCGAAUUCAGCUUACGAAGGCCAUUACAAAGAAGUUUGAGCUUCAACCCUGAAGCGACAAAGGCAAGAGUAUCACUGUUUGCUAUAAAUGAGAGUCCCGCUAAGAAAUGUAACAAACGAGGUGAUAGAAAUGAAACAGAUAACAUUUCAAACAAACGGAGGAAGUCAAACUGUGAGAGUCCCAAAGUGGAGAGAUUGCAACGACCAGUUUUGCAACGGGCAUUCUCCGAGAACAAUGCUUCUAUCAUGACGGCCUUAGCAAGAUCGGUUGUAGACCCAGAUUUAAUCGGCGACUUCUCGCUACCGUUCGCGCUUCCCCUCACACAUGGUGACCACACAGAUCUGAAGUCAAUAUCGUGUGACACGCUUGCUUCACUCCUACGUGGGGACUACAACGACAGCAUCAAUGAUUUUCAGGUCAUAGACUGCAGGUACCCCUACGAAUUUGAAGGUGGACACAUCUUGGGAGCGAGGAACCUGUUCACGCCGGCACAAGUACUGACUCUAGUGAGCCAGCCGUUACAACCCAAGGACUCGGACAAGCGGAGCAUACUCGUCUUCCAUUGUGAAUUUUCUCUGGAACGGGGGCCUAAAUUAUCCCGCUUCCUACGUUCUUCAGAUCGCGCGAAAAACAAGGAGAACUACCCAUCACUUCAUUAUCCGGAAGUGUACUUGCUGCACGAGGGCUAUCGGGCCUUCUACCAGCGGUAUCCUGAUUUAUGCUCGCCAACGGGAUACACCGCCAUGCUGGAUCCCCAGCACAGGCAUUUAUUAAGAAAACACAGAUCAGUACAGCAACCGUCCUCUUCAACACAUCAGAGACGGAACAGGCUGUUGCUAUAAAUGUGCAAUCAUGUUUUUUAUUAAAAAUAUACAGCAUUUACUAAACAUAUUGACGUUAAAAUGUUGACGGUCUACUAAAAAGACCACGGUCUACUCAAAAGACCGGACUAAAUUUCACUGUAAAAUGUAUUUUAAUGAUGGAAGCUAUCAUAUUUGGACUAAUUCGAUUCGGUCUACUGAGUAGACCGUCGGUCUUUCGAGUAGAAUGACAUCGAUGUAUUUAAUGACAUCAUCCUUUUGAAAGGAAACGUUUAAAAGGCGAGAAAUUAUAUUAAAAUUAUUCUAGUUUUUAUUGUAAAUAGAAGAAAAUUAUGCCAUAUUAUUUUUAAAAUUAAGUUAUAAGUACAAAGUAGAUUAAGACGAUCCCACCUUUGUAGAUUAAUCAGUUUAGCGUAAGUUAAAAUAAUGCAAUAUUUAAAUAAAAAAUAAUAAUAAUAAACAAUUAUUAUUAAUAAUAAAAAAAUAAACUGCGAAAUAAUAUAAAAGAAAACUUGACUUAAAAAAAAACGUAUUUCAUUUAAUUAAGCUUUAAAAACUCAACUUGUGCCGUGUUAGACCCAAGAUAGAAUUAAAAUUAAUAUAAUAUUAGCUACGAGCCAUAUUAAGUAGGUUUUGAUAGUGAAAAUAUAGAUUUAUACAAGAUAAAUUGCAACGAUCUGACACUAAUUGGUAGACUAAUAGUCCACCAGAUCAGUGAGCCAGUGUAACUCGUUGCAAACUGUCUAACUCGAGACUAUAAAUGUGUCAUACGGUAAAAGUUCCCAAGUGACGUCAUAAUAAAGGGAAUUAUCUUGGAGGAAUUUAGGGAAUAUUCCGCGACAAAGGGCCAAAAUAAUAUGAAGUUUUGUAGAAAGUGUUAAUAUUCCUUUAUAAAGUAAAAAGCGUAACUUCAACAAGGGAAUUUAAACGUGAUGCUUUUAUGGCGGUACUUCAGUUAGCGUUCUUCUAUGCAACAAAUAUGUGAUUCAAAUAUGGCAAAUCAAUUGCCAAAACAAGCAAAUAUUUGCCAACAAAUAUUUGGGGGAGUCGUUGCUGUUUUAAUUUCUGUAGCUCUGAUAGUGGUCCAAAUUCGGCCAUAUUGAAAAGCUAUACCACAGAUUUAGUACGGCUAGACACCGCAAGACUGUGAAAUAUGUAAACCGACCGUAUCUUUUUUUUAUACCUUUCACUAGCGAUGGUAGGUAAUACCUUCAUGGACUCUUAUUACCCAAGAAGAGUUUAUAACUACACAACUAAACAAACACAAACUAUAGUAGCGUGUAAAGUUUGGUCAUAGCUAUAACUUCGGCUACGCUCGGUCGGAGGACAUGCAGUGUCUAGCCUGCUUUAAAUCUGUAGAUAAUAAAAAUGCUAAAACUACCAAAAAAAAAACACUUGACAGACAGAGAAGAAAAUGUACUAAACUGUUUUGUCUUUGUUCCCGGCGUUUUUCGGGAUAACAAGAGGAGCCUAGGUCACAUCGUUGCUGCGUGUAAUGUCAAACGAACAGACUUUACGCAUAUAUAAAAUUAUUAGCAAUUGUAUGAGUCGUUCACAAGUAAUUGAGUUUUUUUUUUAUAAUAAUGUUUAAUAUCAAAGAAAACAAUUUACUAAAAAAAAACAAAAAAAUAUAUAUGAUCAAAGACCAUCCAUACUACAUCCACCAAAAAAAAAUACAUUAAAGAAAUGAUAUUUUUAAUACAACCAUUAAAAAAACGACAACAUCAUUUAUCGUUAAAAUAAAACAAACUUUUUUCGGAAUCCUAUAAAAUUCAAAUAACUAAAUGAUCUAUAUUAACGUUUUUAAUUAAAUUAAACGUCAAAGUUUUCCCGCCAAAAUUGAGGUAAUGGCGUGUCAUUUGAACAAAACAUUGAAAAUAUGUUACAUUCGAGGCAGUCAGCCUGCCGAAGGGUGAAAAUUAUGGCAAUAUAUGUUACGCUUCGAUUAUGUUUAACUGAUAAAGAUUUAUUUUUAUUUAAAGAAAAAAUAUAACAAUUUUAAGCAUAGUGUAUAGUAAUGAUUUUUUUAUCUGUAUGGUACGAGCACGUUUUUUUUUUUUUAAUUUAAGUUCAAUUCAAACUCGUUUGUCGGAAAAUUAAGAAAGUUAUGUUUUAAUUAUAAUGAAUGGACUAAGCAUAAAACUCAUUUUAAAAUUUUAGUCUACUCAAAAGACUGGGACUAGUUCUACUUUAAAAUAUAGAGUAUUAAUGAUAAUUUAGAUAAAGGAUACUUGUCUUUGUUACAAUAACGCCUCUAUUUAUACACACAACAUUAUUAUUUGCUGGAUAUUUACGAAUGUACUCAAAUUUAGUCAUUUAUUUGUCUAAAAAUAUCGCAAUCCUUUUAAACCCAAUGUCAUUUCGUAAUAUCACUUUUCGUCAAUAAACGAGUUUAUUAUUUAACGACAAAAUUAUUUAUAUAUGUAAAUAUUAAUUUAAAGGAAGCGACGCAAUCGUUCGUGUCUAUCGAUACUGAAUAAUUAAAAAAUAAACUAAAAGUUUUAUAUAAUUCUCAGACAAUACGUAAACUGAACGAUCACUUACGACUGUGUCUCCAGAUAUGAAUCAGUGCUGUAACUUUAACAGAGCUUCUAUAACGCCCAUUGGUUGCUUGUGGUCUUCAUUAGCGAAGUCAUUUCAUUGGAUUUGCAGUGAUUCGUUACGCUUGUCUAACCGCGCGCAUCGACCAAUCAGAUGCGAGUAUUUUGUACAAUAGGAGUUACAGCACUGAUUAUCUUGUAAAGUAUCCGUUUUUUUAUUGUUUUUUUGAGAUUUUUCGGGCUCGCCCGCAUAGCCUACGCUUACUAAAUAUAAUAUUGUAAAUAUAUCCUAACUUUAGUGAAUACUUCUCGAAUGUUCUUAACAAGUUACUAUGUAUUCGUUUUUCGUGAUUCAUUAUUACAUGUAAUUUUUAUUGAAAAUUUCUAUUUUUAGGGCAACAUUAUGUAUUAAUUC